UCAAAAUGGCUGCGCCCGCAGUGUCACGGACGUUACAUUUUCUGAAAUUGAUUUAAUUGCUCCUCUUCCUCGGCGUGUAUUAACGUUUUUGUUAUUAUUUCCACUCAUAUUCUACGACAUGAGCUUAGCAAGAAUGUGCGGAGCACUAUGGCCGUCCAGGCUGAUUACUCUUCAGCUAAAAGACGCCUUGUCGCAAGGUUGGUCAAAGUUUCAAACCAGCGGUUUGGGGAGGAGGUGUUUUGUGGCGACACCCAAACAGCUGACGUCACGCCACGGCUCCACGCAACCCUCUAGAGACGUCAUCCUGUUCGAACACGACAGGACAGGCUUCUUCCGCCUCUUGUCUCUUUUCUGCGGCGGUCAGUGCAUCUUCUGGACGUAUCUGGCCCACUUCGCAUACACCGGGCUGAGAGACACAGGGGCUACUCGAGAACAGGGGGGAAGAAAAGCCCCCACCAGCACCGCUUUGGCUGGGGUGUGGAGUUUUGAAAUGAACCUGGGGUCCCGCACCUGGAAGUACGGCUUCACGCUGGGAUGUAUGACUAUUGGAGCAGGUAUUUUAGGAUUGGGGAUUCUGUUUUGUCGGCGCUCUGUCAGCCAGGUGGUUUUACACCAAGGUGGGAGGAUGGUGACUGUUUCCACGCAAUCGCCUCUGGGAAUGGGCCGUGGCCGAAAAAUAACAGUGCCCUUGUCCCAGGUCGCCUGCCAUGCUCACAGACAGGAGUCUCCCUCAUUCAUCCCCCUCAAAAUCAAAGGACACAAGUUCUACUUUCUUUUGGACAAAGAUGGCACUUUGAACAAUGCUAAACUGUUUGACAUAACUGUUGGGGCAUAUCGGCCUGUUUAACUUGACUUUGUUUCCCAAUGUGGGGUAAAAACUCCUGAUUGUGUGACAAUUUACUAAUAAACACAAUUUGCUACAA